UAAAAGGAUCGACAUCCCCUCUACUCCGUAUUCUCACUCUGUCUUCAACCUGCAUCCUCCUCUUCCUUUCGUACAUCUUCUCAUCCAGCUCUACCCCUACUACUCGCCCACAAUGGACCCCGAAAAACCCACCUCCGCAAUCCACGACGAAGCGACAGAACACCACCUCGCCCACCUAACGAAUCAAGAAGACCACGCGCGCUCCAAAUGGGAGGCGAUAAAAGCGCACCCAUGGGCAUUCGCUUGGUGCAUCUUUGGCGCGUGGACAAUCCUCCUCGUCAGCUUCGAGAACCAAGCUGGCGGGAUCGUCGUCAGCAUUCCGCAGUUCCGAAAGGAUUUUGGGACGGCCUUUGGAGGCGAUUAUGUCCUUGAUACCACCUGGCAGUCGGCGUUUCAGGGAGGGCCGGGGGCUUCGAUGGUUGUCGGCGCCUUAGGGGCUGCAGUCAUCGCCGACUGGAUCGGUCGUCGGAAUACGCUCAUCAUCGCUCUGGUUAUCUCGUACGCCGCCGUUUCACUCGAGGUAGUCUCGACCACGAAUGAGAUGUUCUUUGGCGGGAAGUUUCUCAACGGCUUCGCUGUCGGCGCGAUCCAAGCUGUUUGUGCGACGUAUAUCGGAGAGAUCGUCCCACUCGCUCUGCGCGGCCUCAUGACCUGCCUCAUUGCCCUCGCAUUCACACUUGGCCCGUUCAUCGUCUCGCUCAUUGUCAACGAGCAAGGCAGUGUCGAGUCACGCUGGGCCUAUCGCUCAAUCUUCGUAGCCCAGUAUGGUUUCGCCGCUGUCACCACGGCCUUCAUCUUCUUCAUGCCGGAAUCACCCUGGUGGCUCGCAAACAAGGGCCAGGACGAAAAGGCCCUGCACAGCCUAAGCCGCCUCGGCUACAGCACGUCCACCGGCGAAGCCCUCGCGCGUCUCUCAAACAUCAAAGUCACCCUCGAAGAAAUCCAGCUCGAAACCUCGGGGGUAACCUACCUCGAAUGCUUCCGCAAGUCAAACCUCCGCCGCACAAUCGUCUCCAUCGCCCCGCUCGUCAUCCAACAAUUCACAGGAAUCGUCUUUGCCGCGUCGUACUCGACGUACUACGCACAGCUCGCGGGAUACAGCACGGAUAUGAGUUUCAAACUCCAGGUUACGCAGCAGGUUCUCUCUAUGGUCGGGAAUAUCACCUCGUGGUAUCUGGUUGACAAAGUCGGGCGCCGCGAUCUGACGCUUUACGGCACCGCCGGGCUAACAGUGAUCCUGUGGGUGAUGGGCGGACUCGCCGUCGGCGGAAGCGUCGCCGAACUCCGCGGCGCAGUCGCCAUGAUCCUGCUCUACUGCUUCUUCUACAACGUGACAAUCGGGGCAACAGCAUACACAUGCCUAACGGAAACAGCGACGUCGCGCCUGCGGAUAAAAACCAUCGCCAUCGGGCUCGCGACGGCAAACUCCCUUGGCGUCAUGUGGAGUUUCGUGCUGCCCUACCUCUUCAAUCCGGACCGGGCGAAUCUAGGCGGGAAGCUGGGGUUCGUGUUUGGGGGCCUGUGUUUCCCGUCGAUUGCGUUUAUCUGGUGGUAUCAGCCCGAGACAAGGGGGAGGUCGUAUGAGGAGCUGGAUGAGAUGUUUGUGAAGAAGGUCCCGGCGAGGAAGUUUGGGGCGUAUAAGACGGAGGUUGAGGGGUUGGGGGAGGCGGCGGUGGUUGCGAAGGAAGCGGAGGGAAAGGCGUAGUGGGGUGUGAUGAGCCUUAACUAGGAUGCGCGACGAUACCGCAUAGUGCCGCUGUCUGGAUGUGCUGCUGCUGAUGAGGGGGGAUGUCGUGAAUUCUUUGCCUUCUAACGGUACGACCAUUUGGUAGCAAACAGUAUAAUAUUGGUGUACAUGGUUCAAGUAGCAACUACGUACAGCCUCCAAUGGGUGAACGGUGGACAAUCUAAAUCCAUUCUCUGUCCAUUAUCCGACUCUGGAAGUCGGCGCAACUGUGGAUUCUUGGUCGUAUCUUCCCAUGUAGGGCCAGCCAAAAGCA